GCUGGUUUAAAUAAAUAAAUAGGAGUCUCUGUGCUGAGAGCCCACAGUUUAGAGCUGAAGUCUGAACUCCACCUUCAGGCAGGAUGAAGUUCAUCUCUGGCUGUCUGCUUCUCAUGCUCCUUGUCAGCAGCCUCUCUCCUCCAGCCCAUGGUGUUCUGGAGGCCGUUUACUCAAAAUACAGAUGUCUAUGCCACAGAUUUUCCAAGAGCAUCCCCAGGUUAUCAGCGGUUUCGAAGAUUAAAAUUUCUGGCCCUGGGAAUGGUUGCCCAAACAUAGAAAUCUUAGUCUGGGUGAAGAAUAUGGCAAUCAUAUGCUUGGAUCAUAAACUCCCACAGACACAGAUGUUUCUGAAAAAAAUAAGAGAGUAAGUCUGGCAUACAAAGG